AUGUCUCACCGACCCGGCCCAGUAUCGAAAUACAAACACGAGCGCGACACUUUCGUCUUCGAUUUGAAAAUGCAGGCUAGCAUUCUGAGAGCGAAUCCCCAGGCUGGUGUGGAUGUCGCUGAGAAUCUACAUGGUCUUGUUGGUAAUGUUCAUCGGCUUAAGAAUGCCUCUAUGGGUAUGGCUGUUGGCGCUCGUGGCAAUGCUUAUGUGCUAGCAAAACCGUACGGGUUUUAUAGCUAUAACGUGCCGCGUAUGUGCGACGAUAUUGUUGCUUCUUUGUUGCAUUGGGCGGAUAUUCUUGUUAAUACUGAUGGGCGGAGGACGGAUGGGAUUGUUGUUGAUUCUAUUGAGGGGAUGUUAGCUUGUCUCGAGUUUUGA